AUGGCUCAAGAAGCGCCAAAAUCGGCGCAAAUAGCAUUGUGUAAUAACAAAUCGGCUAAGCUUUCCAGAAACUACUUUCUUCUAAUUCAAUUCAUUCAUUAUCCUUUUUCUGCCAAUUCGUGUUCACAGUUAAUAUCUUCUCCACAUGUUCCACGUUGGCUUCAAGUCCUCCUCACUGAGAAGUUCUACAACGCUUGCGUGAUUCAUGAAGGGGCAAAGAAGAAUGAAAAGAACGUUUAUUGCUUGGAUUGUAGCAUCAGUCUUUGCCCUCAUUGUUUGUCCCCUCACCGUUCUCAUAGACUCUUGCAGAUUAGAAGAUAUGUGUAUCACGAUGUUAUAAGGCUGGAUGAUGCUCAAAAGUUAGUUGACUGCACUUCGGUUCAAUCCUACACAACCAACAGUGCAAAAGUGGUGUUUUUAAACCAAAGGCCACAGACAAGGAACUUCAGAGGCUCCAGCAAUUUCUGCAACACCUGCGACAGAAGUCUGCAAUACCCAUACCAAUUUUGCUCUCUUUCUUGCAAGAUCAAUUACCUCGUUGCAACAACAGGUAGUGUCUCUGGAUACCUAUUCGAGUGCAACUAUCUGUCCUUACCCGAAACCGGGUUCGAUGACUUUCUGAUGAACCCCGGUUCGGUUCUCGACUCUGAUAUUGUGAGGAAGAAAAGGAGUGGCGGUUCGGCUUACCGACCGGCGUGUCGACCGGUUUGUGAAAUUUCUGCGGGUUUGAUGAACCGAAGAAAAGGGACCCCACAGAGGGCCCCACUGUACUGA